AUGGAAAAUUCGAUAUUGGAGAUUUUCAAAAAUUCCAGAAAAUUCGAAGAUCCAAUUUUGAAAAUUCCCGAUUUCCAAAAUCAAAAUUUUUUCAAUUUCUCUGGAAAAGUUCGAUUUAGGCUCAUUUUUUGGACCUAUAUAACCCUGAUUUUUUGGAUAUUUUUCGAGUUUUUUAUGAGAUUUUUUCCGGAAGUUUAUGUGAUUUUCAAAAUUUCCCUCAACACUUUUUUCUUGGUUUUUUCGAUGUUCUCAUUUUUCACUGGAUUCAAAUCUUGGAAAAAUUUCAAAAAUUAUGUAGUUUGGCCGCUGGUUUUGGUUACUGUAGCGAAAAUUGUAAGGACCCAGGGACCCAGGGACCCAGGGACCCAGGGACCCAAUACCCAAAGACCCAAGGACUCUAGACCCCAGGGACCCUGGGACCCAAGGACCCAGGGACCCAGUGAGCCCGGGAUUCCGGGACCACGAGACCCUGGGACCCAGGGACACGAGGAGCCCGGGACCAAAGACCAAGACCCAGGGAUCCGAGGAGCCCGGGACCCAAGACCCAAGGACCCAAGGACUCUAGACCCCAGGGACCCAGGGACCCAGGGACCCAAGGACCAAAAAUUCAAAAUUAAUUAUUUUCAGAUAGUAUUCCCAAUUUUAUACUAUUUAUUAUCCAAUAUUUCGACACUUUAUCAGAUAAUUAUCACCCAAAACAAGUUGAACUAUUUUAUGACACCAAUUAUUAUUCUUUUAUGGAAAUUGGCAAAACUAAAAACGCUGAAAAUUGUGAAAAAUAAAACAAGUGCCACGACAAGAUUGGCAACAGUUGGGAAUUUGUGA